CAGCGCCCGGCUCCCGGCUCCGCGCGGCGGGCUGCCCCCGCUCCCGGUACCGCGGCUCCAGAUGCACACCUGUAUAGAUGUUUAAAGCGCCACCACCGGUUGGAAGGAGAGCAACACCUGGAAGCAUCUGGCAUGUCAGAGCCACACUGUCUUCCAUGGGACGCCGUUUGUGAGCAGCUUCCAUUUAAAAGACUUUUGUGAAUACAUGGUCUCAACCAGGUCCCCAGAGAACAUAUUUGUCUUCUGAUCUGCUGGAGGUCUUAAGGAAGCUACUAGAGAAUGUGCUCUACAAAAAUGAGGAUGUAAUCCAAGAAAGAGGAAGCCAUGGGAUCCAGGAAACGGGGGACCCAACACAGGCGAGAGGCGCAGGGAUUUCGCAAGAUGGUGUUAAAAAGAAGCCCCAGGACAACAGAAUCCGAUGACCUCCGUGGGGACCCUGCACUCAGCCAUCAGAGCGCUCCUGCCGCCCAGGAUGCUCCUAAUUCAGUAGUAGAUGCAGGUGGCGUUGAAAGCAUCACCCGGUGUCCCCAGCAGCUUCCUCAGAUGAUGGCUGCAGCAGCCGAUGGUUUGGGGAGUAUAGCGAUAGACACCACGCAGCUCAACAUGUCCGUGACAGAUCCCACAGCCUGGGCCACCGCCAUGAAUAACUUGGGCAUGGUUCCCGUGGGGCUGCCUGGACAGCAGCUCGUGUCCGACUCAAUCUGUGUCCCAGGCUUUGAUCCAGGCCUCAACAUGAUGACUGGGAUCACCCCCAUUAACCCAAUGAUACCAGGCCUGGGGCUUGUACCACCCCCACCGCCAACAGAAGUGGCUGUCGUCAAAGAAAUAAUCCACUGCAAAAGUUGUACUCUUUUCCCUCAAAAUCCAAAUCUUCCUCCUCCUUCCACAAGAGAACGACCUCCUGGGUGUAAGACCGUGUUUGUCGGAGGAUUACCAGAAAAUGCUACGGAGGAAAUUAUUCAAGAAGUCUUUGAGCAGUGCGGUGAUAUUACAGCCAUUCGGAAAAGCAAGAAGAAUUUUUGUCACAUUCGAUUUGCCGAGGAAUUCAUGGUUGACAAAGCCAUUUACCUUUCCGGUUACCGGAUGCGAUUAGGGUCCAGCACGGACAAAAAGGACUCGGGCCGCCUGCACGUGGACUUCGCCCAGGCCAGGGACGACUUCUACGAGUGGGAAUGCAAGCAGCGGAUGCGCGCGCGCGAGGAGCGGCACCGGCGCAAGCUGGAGGAGGACCGGCUGCGGCCGCCCUCGCCGCCGGCCAUCAUGCACUACUCGGAGCACGAGGCAGCGCUGCUGGCCGACAAGCUGAAAGAUGAUAGCAAGUUUUCAGAGGCUAUCACAGUGCUCCUUUCCUGGAUCGAACGAGGGGAGGUCAAUCGGCGUUCUGCAAACCAGUUCUAUUCCAUGGUGCAGUCAGCCAAUAGCCACGUCCGCCGGCUGAUGAACGAAAAAGCCACCCACGAACAGGAGAUGGAAGAGGCCAAGGAGAAUUUUAAAAAUGCCUUAACAGGAAUCCUCACUCAAUUUGAGCAGAUUGUGGCCGUUUUCAACGCUUCUACCAGACAAAAAGCUUGGGACCAUUUCUCGAAAGCUCAGCGCAAGAACAUAGACAUUUGGCGAAAGCAUUCUGAGGAGCUCCGGAACGCUCAAAGUGAGCAGCUCAUGGGCAUCCGCCGCGAAGAAGAAAUGGAAAUGUCAGAUGAUGAGAAUUGUGACAGCCCUACUAAAAAAAUGCGAGUUGAUGAAUCAGGUAAUGCUGACGACCGCCACACGCGCACCCCUGUGAGGCACCAUCAUGCUCUUCCAGAUCUCAGAUGGGGUGUAGGUAUUGGGAAUGGCCACAGCGUGGCAGCCACCGCUGAUGCUGAAAUACACAUAAAAUUUGGUUUCAGUCAGUGUGCUUCUUAUGUGGAAAUUGUUUAA